ACAAAUCAUAAUGCGCUACCUAUUAUGGUAGAACAGACACGGCAAGCGUAAUCUUCAAAUAUACCCUUCCAAGACGUAACAGCGGCAUUUUUGUCACCCAAACGCAGAAAAAACCAUCGAUUGCUUUAGAUCUCAACAAAAGACGCUUUCAAUUCCCCCCAGCCCACAAGAUCCAUCCAAAUCCCUUAACCUGCUCGAAGGUUUCAAUCAUCUACAAGGGGGUUGAGAGCCAUAUCAUGAUUUGGGUUUGACGAUUUAAAAGAAUUAGUGUUGAUGGACAAAAAUAAAAACAGGACCGAUCUGCUCGCUGCUGGCCGUAAAAAGCUUCAACAAUAUCGGCAAAAGAAGGAUGGUAAAGGCAGUAAAUCCUCGGGUAAGGCCAAUAAACCUGGACGUGAUGUGGUUGCUGGUGACUCAUCAUCUGUUGCCAAAUCAUCACCUGAACAAGUUUCAGGCACUGAGCUUGUUGAAUUAUCUUCACAAGCCUCCACAGAUACCUCUGUAGCUACUAAUGCUGAUGUGGCAGCUCCUGAUCCUUCCUCCACAUCAGUUGCACCAAUAGAAGUUUCUAAAGUUGAUGAUUCAGUCUCAAAUGAAGAUCUGCAAAGUUCUAAUCGUGAUGAUGUGAUACCAACUUUUUCUCCUCCAAAAAUAGUUAACAUUGAAGGAAAACUUGAAAGUGGUUUAUCUGUUGGUUUGAAGGGUGUACUUGAUAAUAGUUUUGCUCAUAAAGCAGGUGAAAUGAUUGCUGCACAUGGGGAAGAUCAGGUACCAGAUGUAGGGACAUUGCAGGAAGAUAAUAGAACCAGUUUGAUAGAUGUUGAAGGGGACAUGAAUCAAGUUAAUUCGGGGGAUGUUGAAAAAGAUGCUAAGAUGGAAGAAUCUACAAGCAGUGCAAUAGAACAAACUAGUGAAGAGCGUGAUGGAUUUCCUGCAUUUGUUAAUGCAGAUGUGAAUUCUGCUUCUGGGCUUCCCUCAUCUUCUGAUCAAGAACGUUUAAUUGGUGAUUCCGGUGAUACCAAUGCAGAUGAACAUGAACCUACAAUUGGUGAUUCCAGUGAUGCUAAUGCAGAUGUACAUUCUGCUUCUGCGCUCCCUUCUUCUGAUCAUGAACCUGCAAUUGAUGAUUCCGGUGAUACUAAUGCAGAUGCACAAUAUGCUUCUGUGCUUCCCUCAUCUUCUGAUCAUGAACCUACGAUUGGUGAUUCCGGUGUUAGUAAUGCAGAAGAACAUUCCCUUUCUGGGCUCUUAUAUUCUGAUCAUGGACCUGCAAUUGGUGAUUCCGGUGAUACUAAUGCAGAUGUACAUUCUGCUUCUGUGCUUCCCCCAUCUUCUGAUCUUGAACUUACAAUUGGUGAUUCCGGUGUUAGUAAUGCAGAUGAACAGUCUCUUUCUGGGCUCCUAUAUUCUGAUCAUGGACCUGCAAUUGGUGAUUCCAGUGAAACUAAUGCGGAUGUAUAUUCUGUUUCUGGGCUCCCAUAUUCUGAUCGUGAACUUACAAUUGGUGAUUCCGGUGUUAGUAAUGCAGAUGAACAUUCUCUUUCUGGGCUCUUAUAUUCUUAUCAUGGACCUGUAAUUGGUGAUUCUGGUGUUUCUAAUGCGGAUGUACAUUCUGUUUCUGGGCUCCCAUCUUCUGAUCAUGAACUUACAUAUGGUGAUUCCGGUGUUAGUAAUGCAGAUGAACAUUCUCUUUCUGGGCUCCUAUAUUCUGAUCAGGGACCUGCAGUUGGUGAUUCCAGUGAUUCUAUUGCAGAUGUACAUUCUUUUACAGUUGGUGAUUCCGGUGUUAGUAAUGCAAAUGAACAUUCUCUUUCUGGGCUCCUAUAUUCUGAUCUGGGACCUGCAGUUGGUGAUUCCAGUGAUUCUAUUGCAGAUGUACAUUCUUUUACAGUUGGUGAUUCCGGUGUUAGUAAUGCAGAUGAGCAUUCUCUUUCUGGGCUCCUAUAUUCUGAUCAUGUACCUGCAAUUGGUGAUUCCAGCGAUUCUAAUGCAGAUGUGCAUUCCGUUACAGUUGGUGAUUCCGGUGUUAGUAAUGCAGAUGAACAUUCUCUUUCUGGGCUCCUAUAUUCUGAUCAGGGACCUGCAAUUCGUGAUUCCGGUGACACUGAUGCAGAUGUACGUUCUGCUUCUGUGCUUCCUCCAUCUUCUGAUCAUGAAGUUGCAAUCGCUGAUUCCGGUGAUACUAAUGAAGAUGUAGUGGUAGACAUUCAUACGAAGUCUGGCUCUGCUGAGUUCCCAGAGAAACUCAAAGAGCAGUUAUAUAUCAACAAUUUUGAAAAAGAAUUGGUUCACUUGCAGCUAUGUGAAGAAAGGGACGUAAGAAAGGAGUUUGAACAGCACCAUCUUCAAUGGGAGAAUGAGAAAUCAUCUUUUAUUACUUCCAUUGCUGAUCUUGAAGGCAAGAACAGAACCCUUUCUGAAGAGAUUGCUGAAUGUAGAUCUGAACUUAACACAUUUGCAAACAAAAUGGAGGAGCUUGAUAUGAGUGUUUCUUUCUCAAAAACAGAAUUUGACUGGUCUUCUUCUCGCAUCCAGGAAUUGGAGACUGAACUGUCGAAUGUGUCAUCUGAGUUGGUUGAUAGUAAGAGUUUGGUUUCAGAUUUGCAGGUGAAAAAUGAAACCCUAAAUGUCAAUGUUGCUUCAUUGACAGAGGAGAAAGAUAAACUUGAGAAGGAGAAAGGAGAUGUGAUUCUGGAGAAUAAAAAGUUGAGUAAAGAUUUGAUGGAGUGCAAAUCUUUACUGCAAUCAGCACAUGUUGAAAAAGUCAAUGUUAAAGAAACUCUUGCUCUUGUAAUGGAGGAAAUGAAGAAACUGGAAGAGGCAAAACAAAAGUAUGUUUCUGAAAAGGACAAACUGCUAAGUGACUGGAAGAAAUUAGAAGAGGUUCUAGCUUCAGAGAGGGAAGAAAGAAGUAAAAAUAAUGAAGCAAAUGAUCACUUUAUCCAGGAGAAUAAUAAAGUUUCCAUGGAGUUAUUGGAAUCCAAGAAGUUAAUGGAAAGUUUAGAGUCAGAAAUUGCUAACUUAAGUGAGAAUCUUGAUCUGGUAACAAAGGAAAGAACCAAACUUGGAGAAGAUUUGGAUCAUUUAAGAUUCGAAAAGGAGGAGUGUUUGACAGAGUUAACAAGCUGCAAAACUUUAUUGAAGAAUCUUCAGGUGGAAUAUGAGGAGUCCAUGAAUGAAUCAAGAGACAGUGCCCUAAGGCUUGAAAAACUCACUGAGGAAAAUGUUACUCUUACUAGUAAUCUGGGCAUGUACAAAGCUAAGGUUACAGAAUUGGAUGAUUGGAAAAUGAAGUCUGAAGAAAGAGCCUCUCAUGGGAAACUAGAAGAGCUCACGGAAGCCAUGAAAGAGCAGAGUAAUAGUUUUGAGGAAAUAUUCUUGAAAAAUGUGAUCUUGGAUGAGGUUAUGAAGCAAUAUGUGCACACGGUUGAAUCCAAAAAAGGUGAUCUUGUAAAUUUGUGUGAAGACUUGAGGCAAGAAGUGAUCAGCACUAAAACACAAAACUCAGAGCUUACAGAAAACCUUCACAACUCUGAAUCAAGAAUCCAUGAAUUGCAGUUACAGGUGGAUGACAUGGCUUCUUUUAGUAACCAACUGGAGCUGCUUCACAGAAAGCUUGAUGCAUCUAUUGAGGGCAUUUCCACCAUUCAUUCAAGUGAAGCAAUUGUGGGUGACAAUAUCUUUGCUCGUGUAGCUACUUCUGUUGAUGCAGCCGUUGAAGUAAUCCAAGAUUUGCAAGAAAAGCUUGAAGAUUCUCUCAAAACCCGUAACUCCCUUUCAGAUUCUUACAAGGAAAUGAGUGAAAAAAUCAAGGAUUUAGAACAGACGAAUGAGCUUGCUGCCUAUGUGAUACAUAGAGUCUUUGAUAACCUUCAGAAAAUUGUGAAUGGUUCUACAGAAGAAAGUGAAGAUGAUACAAGAAAUGAACAGCUGGAUCAUCUAGAAAUCAGCAACUAUGAUGUGUUCAUCGAACGAUUAAUAAUGAUUCUUCGUGAACGUGCACAACUCGAAACAAAAAACAGAGAAUACAAUUUGGAUUUGUUGAGAAGAAUAAAAGAUUUGGAAGAAUCAAACAGAAAGCUUAAUAAUCCAGCCAAGGAUUUGAAAUUGAUGGAGUUACAGACCAAAGUAAACCAGUUAACCUCUUCAAUCAUCCCAUACGAAAUCGAAAGCUCCAUUUAUAAGGAAAGUUUGAGGUCUGCAAUUGAACAGAUUGCUGUCAUUCAAUCUGAAACAAAGAUAAAAGAAACAGAACUUCAUCAAUCUGAGAACCGUGUUUCUGCUUUGAGAGAAAAGCUUCAUAUUGCUGUUACAAAAGGGAAAGGUUUAAUUCAACAACGUGACACCCUGAAGCAGAAUCUUACAAUGAAAGACGCUGCACUUCAAGAGCUUGAAACAAAGCUUAAAUCAUACUCUGAAGCUGGUGAGAGAAUGGAAGCUCUUGAAUCUGAGCUCUCCUACAUUCGGAAUUCAGCUACUGCAUUACGAGAAUCUUUUCUGUUAAAAGAUUCUGUUCUUCAGAGAAUCGAAGAGAUUCUAGAAGAUUUGGACCUUCCGGAACACUUCCAUGAUAGAGACAUUAUUGACAAGAUUGAUUGGUUGGCAAAAUCGGUUUCCCAUGAACCGAGUCAAACGGGUGUAAUUGAGCGAGCUCAUUCGUAUCCUGGUUCUGGUCCUUUAGAAGGAUGGAAAGAAGAUUUGGAACCAGUUUCAGAUGAAUUAAGAAGAAAUUAUGAGGAUCUUCAGAAUAAGUUUUAUGAGUUGGCUGAGCAAAAUGAGAUGUUGGAACAAUCAUUAAUGGAGAGAAAUAAUCUUGUGCAGCGGUGUGAAGAAGUUUUGGAAAAGACAAAUAUGCCCUUGCAUUUGAGAUCAUUGGAACCAGAAGAUAAAAUCGACUGGUUACGUGUUGUUCUUGCUGAGGCAAAUGACCGUUGUGCCCACCUUGAAGAAUCGUUAAUGGAGAGAGAUAGUCUUGUGCAGCGUUGUGAAGAAGUUUUGGAAAAGACAAAUAUGCCCCCGCAUUUGCAAUCAUCAGAGCUAGAACAUAAGAUUGAUUGGUUACGUGUUGGUCAUUCGGAGGCAAAUGACCUUUGUGCCCUCCUUGAAGAAUCGUUAAUGGAGAGAAACAGUCUUGUGCAGCGUUGUGAAGAAGUUUUGGAAAAGACAAAUAUGCCCCCGCAUAUGCAAUCAUCAGAGCUAGAACAUAAGAUCGAUUGGUUACGUGGUGUUUAUUCGGAGGCAAAUGACCGUUGUGCCCUCCUUGAACAAUCGUUAAUGGAGAAAAGUAAGAUUGUGCAGCGUUGUGAAGAUGUUUUGGAAAAGACGAAUAUGCCCCCGCAUUUGCAAUCAUCAGAGCUAGAACAUAAGAUCGGUUGGUUAUGUGUUGUUCUUUCGGAGGCAAAUGACCGUUGUGCCCUUCUUCAGCAAGAUUUGGAAAAGAUUCGUGGGUCACUUUCUGCUGAUCUUGAAGAGUCUAAUAGAAGAUUACUUGAUGUUGAGGCAAAUCUUAAGUCAAUUGCAGAUGAACGAGACCAGAUUUUAGCUCAUUUUGAGGCUCAGAGUCAAGAUUAUAAUAAAAUCAAAGAGGAAGUUUCAUCGUAUGAAAUCGAGAAUGUUAAAUUAAAAAAUGAAAUCGAUGCAUUGCAAUUAAAAUUAGAUGAGAAGCAUGUGGAUGAAGAGCAGAUACAACAUGUUAAUGGUGAAAUAAAGCGGUUGCAGGAUUUAGUGAAGAACAUGCUUCAAGAUCCAGAAAUGGAAGAUUUUGAUUCAAGUAUGAAUGAUAUUCAGAGUCUCGAAGGUUUGCUGAGGAAGCUAGAAGAAAAAUAUCCAAAAUACCCUUCGGGAGAAAGAAGCAUUGAACAGUUAGAGGUCUUGGAGAGAAAGCUAGAGGAGGUUGAAGGUGAUUUAGUGCAAGUGAAGGAUGAAAGGGAUAAACACAUGGAAAAAAGUCAAUCUUUGGUCAAUGAAGUUGAAGCAUUAGAGGUAAAGAAUCAAGAAUUACAGAAGUUACUUGUUCAAGAAGAGCAGAAGACUGGUGUAGUUAGAGAGAAGUUAAAUGUUGCAGUUAGAAAAGGGAAAUCUUUAAUUCAACAACGAGACACCAUGAAGCAAAACAUCAAUGAGUUGACCGCUGAGGUGGCACGUUUGACUUCCGAAAUCAAAGUUCGUGAGAACACACUUUUGGACAGUCAAGAAAAGAUGAAGGAAUCGUUCAAAACCAUCAAUGAGUUGACCGCUGAGGUGGCAGGUUUGACUUCCGAGAUUAAAGUUCGUGAAAAUACACUUUUGGGACAUCAAGAAAAGAUGAAAGACUUGUUUACCCUCCAAGAAUUGGUGGAAAAUAAAGAUUCUGAAAUCCGGUUCUUGAAAAAUCGUGUGGAAGAGAUUUUAAGUGCUUUGGGAAAGAUUGAUGUUGGGGUUGAAUUGAAAAAUAAUGACCCGAUUGAAAAAAUUGAGAAAAAAUGUCGCGAUUUACAAGAUGGAAUCUUGUCUGCUGAACAAGAUUCAAGAAAAUCAAAAAGGGCUGCUGAAUUACUUCUUGAAGAGCUGAAUGAAGUACAGGAAAGAAAUGAAGAUCUUGUUGAUGAGAUUUCAAAGCUAUCAAGGGAAAAAGAUUCAGCAGAAGCUGCCAUGCGGGAUUCUCUCUCACAUCUUGAACAGUUGUCAGCUCUUCAUUUGGAUGAAAGAAGUAGCCAGUUUGAAGAACUGAUGAAUUUGAAAUCUGAUUUUGAACAAUUAAAGCCAGAAUUAAGAAACAUCUACAAUCUUGUGAAUGAUGUUUUGCCCAAAGAUUUGGAUCAUUUUUACAAUCUUGAAUCCAGUGUUAAAUCAUUGUUGGAAUCAAGUGAUGCUUCAAACACCUCUCUCAGAAAGGAUUCCAAGGAUAACCUUUUCUUGGACACCAAAAGAGAAGAGGAACACAGUGAUGAUGAUGAGAUUGUUGAUUUAUGGAGAUUUGUUGGGACCCACAUGGAGGAUUUAAUAUCUAACAUCAGUCUUUUUGAAGAAAAACUGGAAGCACAUUCAAAAUCUUUACAUGAAGAAGCUGUUGUUUUAUCUGAGACAGUGUCAACUCUUCAUAAGGAAAUGACUUCCACUUGCAAGAAUUCAGUUUUUGAAAUGGAAAAAGUCAAAGGCCAAAUGGUUUCAGAUGAUGAAUCCUUGUUGUUCAUUGAAGGAGACACACUUUCUGUUUCUGAAGAACAAAUCAUGAAUAUGGUGAACAGAUUGUUGUCACAUGUGAAGGAUUUUCACAGUUUUCAGACUGAAAAUAUGGAAGCGAACCUAAAGGAAAUGAAGGAAAGAAUUUCUAGUUUACAGAAAGAGUUGACUGAAAAAGAUGUUCAGAAGGAUAGAAUCUGUGUUGACUUGGUCAAUCAGAUCAAACGAGCUGAAGCAUCUGCCAUGAGCAACUUACAACAACUCGAAUCUUCCAAAACUCAAGUAAAUGACUUAAAAGGGCAAUUGGAAGCUGUGAAUGCUGAGUGUAAAGCAUUACAACAAAGGGUAAAAGAGGUAGAAGAAAGUCAAGAAGAAAAAGUAAAAUCACUUACACAUGCUUUAACAUCAAAAGAACAAGAAGCUGAAGCUUUAUUACAGGUGCUUGAUGAAGAAGAAGCCCAAAUGGAAGAUUUAACAAACAAAAUCACAGAAUUAGAAAAACUUAUGAAACAAAAAGAUCAUGAUUUGGCAAACACCGAAGCUGCACGUGGAAAAGCAUUAAAGAAACUUUCAAUCACAGUCAACAAAUUCGAUGAACUUCAUCAUCUCUCAGAAACCCUAGUUUCUGAAAUCGAUAACCUUCAAUCCCAGCUUCAAGAACGCGAUUCUGAAAUCUCUUUCUUGAGAGAUGAAAUCACAAGAUGCACAAGUGAUUCCUUACAAGCAUUGGAAUCUGACAAAAAAGGAUUGGAUUCCAUCCAAGACAUUUUAACUUGGUUACAAACACAAGAUCUGCAUCUUGAUGACAACAAUGGCGAAUCCAAUCAAGUUCAUGAAUAUAAAGAAACACUCAAGAACCAAAUCACAACUAUUGUUUCUGAAUUGAAAGAAUUACGCCAGGUGGCACAAAGUAAAGAUGAGCUAUUGCAUAUUGAAAGGAGUAAAAGAGAGAUUCUUGAAAGUUCCAUGAGAGAACAAGAAUCAAGAUUGAGUUUGCGUCAAGAUAAUGAUGAAUCUGCUAGAGGAGCAACAUCUAUCACAUCAGAAAUCGUGGAAGUUGAACCUGUGAUUAAUACAUGGCAACCGAAAGGGACAACAUCUCAAGUUAGAAGCUUGCGAAAAGUAAAUAAUGAUCAACUUGCCAUUUCCAUAGAUGAUGUGGACUCAGAUGAAAAGGAUAAGUUAGAAGAUGAAGAUGAUGAUAAAUCUCAUGGUUUCAAGUCUCUUACAACAUCAAAACUUGUCCCAAAGUUCACUAGGCCUGUUACAAACUUCAUUGAUGGCUUAUGGGUUUCAUGUGAUAGGGCAUUACAGAGACAGCCUUUUGAGUGUUUCUCAUUUGUGGAUGAAAGAAAAGAACCCUAGAUUGGUUUGUUUUCAUAAUUUAGGUGAAGAUGUGCACAAGUGAAGUGGCUGUGAUUUCUCCAUAUUUGAUCAGAAAAUCACAGAUAUAUAUAUCUUUAUAUCUUGUUCAGUGAUAUACAAAAGAGUUUACCAAUAAUUUGGGCAUCUAUUUGAAGUUUUACAGUUUUGCCUCACAACCAAGAACCCUAAUUCAUCUCUCUCACUCUCAUGUGGAGGUGAAUGGCCCUUUUAAAUAUAUUGUUUGUUUAGGGAAGGCAAGUGCAUAUAUGUGUAGUUUUGUUAUACCCCACCCCACCCCACCCAAUCCCAUAUUUCUGGGCUUUUUACAUUACAUUUACUUAUAAUCAAUGUUUGCAAAGAUUGUUUAAGCAAUGAAACACAGAUUUUGACAUGUUUUCUUAUACUUGUACCCUUAUUUCUCGGC